UUUCCCCUCCGACAGAACGGCGCAGCCAACUCGACGACGGACCGAGCAUUUUAGAUGGGGUGGCGCAGGGGUUCGAGCCAGUCGCUCUGACGUUUCCUUCGUGUCCCGGUGUCGAACGUCGAGCGUAAUUGGCGCGGGUUUUUUUCGGAGACUGUUUCGAGCUGUGAUCGGUUUUGUGAAUGGGAAAUCGGCCCGGCAAGAAGUGUGGCUGAGAAGCCGGGGGACGCCCGAGAGGCUCGUGUGUGUUUGAGAAGAGGGGCCGGUGUACCGCGUGGAUAUCUUCUGGUGCGGCGGGUGCGUGUGUGGUUCGACUUCGGCGUGGUCAAGGGCGCGCCCCGCUGCUCUGGUUCCUCUCGUUCUUCUCGACGGGUGACGUUUCUAGAAUGGACGUCGACAGCACCUGGCCCAGCGUUCGAUGAGCCGAGGAAGGCGGAGUGACGGCUGACUCGGCCAGCAUCAGGCAUCGGCCAUGGCGUCGUUACCGGAGAGGACUUUAGUGCUCGUCUCUGCCGCCUGGAUUGUGCUCCUCCAGAUACAGCGGGUGUGCGCCUUCGACUGGGGUGCCUGCAAUCAGACGUUGGGUAUGACCAGCGGGGAGAUCAAGGACGAAGAUAUCACUGCCAGUUCAACACACAAUGCGGCGAGCGUCGGCCCACAGUUUGCGAGGUUGCUGCGGGAACUGAACGGCGGAGCCUGGUGCCCGGCGCCUCAGAUUUCGCCCAAGACGCACGAGUACGUGGAGGUGAACCUGCGCACGGCGCACGUGGUCAGCUCCCUGGCCACCCAGGGCCGGUUCGGCAACGGCCAGGGCAGGGAGUUCGCCGAGGAGUUCAUGGUCGAGUACUGGAGGCCCGGCCUGCACAAGUGGUUGCGCUACCGGAACAGGACCAACCACGAGGUGUUCGAGGGCAACACCAACACGUACACGGAGGUGCGUCGGAGCCUGGAUCCUCCCGUGAUCGCCUCCAAGGUGCGCGUGGUGCCCUACAGCAGCAUCCUCAGGACCGUCUGCAUGAGGAUCGAACUGUACGGCUGUCCCUGGACGCAGGGCAUCCUGUCGUACUCGAUCCCGCAAGGCGAGCGCAGGGGCACGGACGUGGACUUAUCGGACGUUACCUACGACGGCAUGAAAGACGACAGCUACCUGCACGGCGGCCUGGGUCAACUCACGGACGGUACGGCUGGCAGCGACAACUUCAAGCUCGACGUGUCCGGAUACGGAAAAGGAUACGAAUGGGUGGGCUGGCGCAACGACUCGCUCCACUCCCAGCCACUGGAGCUGGUGUUCGAGUUCGACACGGUGCGCAACUUCUCGGCCGCCUUCCUGCACUGCAACAACAUGCACAGCCGCGACGUGCAGUUGUUCCGCGUGGCGCGGCUGUCAUUCAGCGUGGGCGGCAAGUACUACCUGGGCGAGCCGCAGCACUUCAACCUGAUGCCCAGCCUGUUCAACGAGAAGGCCCGCAACGUCACCAUCCGCCUGCACCACCACGUCGGCAGGUUCGUCAAGAUACAGCUCGAGUUUGCCGCCAAGUGGCUGCUCGUCAGCGAAGUCUCCUUCACCUCAGUACCCGCAGCUGGAAACUUUUCAGAAGAAGAACCACCUGUGGCUCCACCAAUUGUGAGCACCGCCAUGAGCGAAGAUCCGAUGUCAAAGCAGUACGUGGGAUUGGUCAUUGGGGUACUGGCAGCAGUCAUCCUUCUGCUCAUCCUCAUCAUCUUCGUGAUAGUCGCGCGAAACAAGCGGAGAAAGCACACGACGCCCCAUGCCAUCCUAAAGCCCAUGGACAGCAGGGUCACCAUUAACAUGAAGGACCUUGCGUUAGCCUAUUCCCCCCAGUACGUGGCACGGGAAGCUAAUGGGAAUCUUUAUGGCCAGGUUGCCCUUGAAGACCCUGACCCCGACAAGCUUCUCUACCACGAACCCCAAGAUUUUAAGCCCAUCUACCCCGGCACCUACAGCAACGCAGGAUCCACAACGUCCCGCGAGUACGCGGUCCCGGACGUGAGCAAGAGUCCCAUUCUCAACUCGCACAAGUCUUCGCCAUUUCCCCAGACCAAGCCGCCUCCACCUCCGCUGGCCGAGCAAUACUACGCGGCAACGGACGUGGUGGUGAGCUUGCCCAAUAUACAGGGUGUGAGCGGAAACACGGUGUACUCCGUGCCCAGCCUGGACGUGUCAUCGGGAGAGGAAGGCUCCGGAGGUGUCACACUGCCUCCUGUACGGGAAGUACCCCGCCACAGGAUCAGGUUCAUUGAGAAACUUGGUGAGGGGCAGUUUGGGGAGGUUCACCUGUGCGAGGCGGAGGGAAUCCCUGAACUCGUAGACGUUCCCGUUAGCUACGGCACCAAGAAGCUUGUGGCCGUGAAGACGCUUCGCAAGAACGCCACAGAGCAUGCGCGUGCUGACUUCCUCAAGGAAGUGAAGAUACUGUCGCGGCUGCGGGACCCGAACAUUGUUCACGUGCUCGGCGUCUGCACACGGGACGAACCUCUCACCAUGAUUGUCGAGUACAUGGAGAACGGCGACCUGCACCAGUUCCUGCAGCACCACUUGCCUGACACGUUUGCACCUCCCAUCGCCAACAACGUCCUCAGUUACGGGAGCCUAAUCUUCAUGGCCACCCAAAUCGCGUCGGGCAUGAAGUACCUGGAGUCGCUCAACUUCGUGCACCGGGACCUGGCAACCCGAAACUGUCUCGUGGGCAACGCAUACACCAUCAAGAUCGCCGACUUUGGCAUGAGCCGGCAGUUGUACGCUUGCGACUACUACCGCAUUGAGGGGCGUGCUAUGCUGCCAAUACGCUGGAUGGCUUGGGAGAGCAUAUUAAUGGGCACGUUCACCACAAAAAGCGACGUGUGGGCCUUUGCCGUCACUCUCUGGGAGAUCCUGACGUUCGCUCGGCAACAGCCAUUCGCGUCCCUAAGUGACGAACAAGUCAUCGAGAACGUGGGACACUUCUACCACAACGACGCGCUGCAAUCCACUCUGCCACAGCCACCCAACUGUCCUCGAGAAAUCUACGACCUGAUGCGCGAGUGCUGGCAGCGCAACGACAGCGAGAGGCCCAACUUUAGAGAGAUCCACCUGUUCCUCCAGCGGAAGAACCUGGGAUACUCUCCAGAGUCUUGAGCCGAGAUCUCAUAAGAUCGCCUUGUCGGGCGUUGCGAGCACACGGCGAGAUGGUCGGCGAGGUGAUCAACGAGACGCUGAAGGCGUGGCAAAGAUAUGGUGAGAGAACGUUUGAUGUCGCCCGAAUCCAAGCCCUAGAAUCUGCGUUGUGCUCGUCUCCAUUGGGGGUGCCUCUUGGUCCUCACCUCGACGAGGGAGUGGUUUCAUCAGUGUGUGUGAUCCCUCAAACGAACCUGAAUGUCCGGCGCUGGAGUACUACGGGGUCAUAAGCCGAGGCUUUACCCCGGAAAGCAGAGCAUGCUCUCUGGCUUCGCAAGCCAAUGCUUUGAAGACACGAGGCAUGUGACCACCGUCAGCCGUGUAGAAGCAGCUCUUGGAAUUCUCGAUCAACUAACAGAAACUUGGUCUUUAAGCUUUCUUGGGGGCUUCUGGGCGAGAUACCAAAUGAGACAAGUCCGGGGCAAACCUGGACGCUUCGACUCACCCUUAGAAUCCGAUAAUGCGACGCCUCGGGUGACACUACUCUGCUGGAGUACAACUGUGCACCUCGCGAAGAAAAAACUGUCCUUUCCCCAUUUGUGUAUUGAAUCCAAAGAGAUCUCGGCUCCCACCUGAGUCUGGUCUGAAAAACGGGGCUCGCCUCCACGCGUUCGAUCCGGAGAGUGUUUCGGUCAGCGUGUCCAUUGUGCCAUUACGACUUUCCCGGCAUCGGGAAGUGCGACUUCCUAAGUGUGAAUGCAGUGAACUGCUUAUCUCUCCCUUGUAAAUACGACCAGCCAAAGUAUAACGAGAUAAUGCACCGGGCGUGAAAACACACGGCCCUAUAAAUACACUGCACAGAAUGUAGUUUUUAUCUGGACUGUCAAUGUUCUUGGACAUGCUAUGCCUUUGUGUUUUUGUAUACAGAGUUGGAGUGUGUGUCGUUCCUUCUAGUUUCUUAAUUUAUUUAUAAUUCCUCAUCUGAGUGUAUUUCAUACUGUUAUCACAACCCAUUGCACGGUGCAUAGAACAAACAUUAAGUCAACCCGAACAAGCGUCCAAGGCCGUCUCCGUCUUUGCCCCCUUGUCAUAAGACUUCAUAGAGAAACACCCCCACAGCUCUCACAUUUCGAACUCGAAAUGAAAACAUAUUUUUUCCUUCACUGUUAAUGCUCCUCUUAAGUUCUUUCCUGCCCUUCAUUGUUCACAUGUGAUAAUACGCUCAACCACUGUACAAAAAGUCUCCCAAUAUUAUGGCAAUAUUUCCACACUGGCAGUAUCUUUUUUUUUAUAACUUCAGGUAUAUUCGCCUAAAAACAGUAAUCUUAACUUACUGCAUUCUGCUAAAUAGACAGUCUACCUCCACCCUGCGUGGUGCACAAAAUCGAGUAGAUGCUGCACGUCAAAGUCCCCCGUUGUAACAAUAAAUAUAAAUCGUUGGCCCAUUCAUUAAAAAAUAAGCCCUUAAUAAACCCACGAACUUUCCAGUGAUGGUGUUCAUGGACUCUUGCAGGCAAAAUUGUAAUAAUGAAGUAAAGCAACCCUUAGUUCGCUGACUGCUGGUUCAAAAAUGUUGUACUUUCUUUGACUUAAGUUCUCGUGCGUAGGUCUAUGCACAUUCACACCAAUAAAGCCCCAAUACAAACGACUUACUCAUCCCGCAUAAUGGCUUCCACAGCAGUUUGGUGCAAACUUCACUUUUUCUUUAAAUUAGUUUGUUUGCGAAACACAGAAGAGAUAUGUGUUUAGCUGCUAAUAUCUCGUGACUCACUCAUUGGAGUGUUCAGGACUUAAUGACGUCUGCUAUGCAGGCUGUGUAAUAAGUGUUAUAAAGUGUCGGUUCUAAGCUAUCGAGACGUGUUCAAUGCAAUAUCACACUACCCACACAUUUGGUUUUUUCGUUCAUUUGAGUUCUUAGGCGAGUUGCAGUCUCAUAUUCAGAAUGUAGUGCUUCUGGCAGUGGUGCUGUGCUCCGUGUAACUCGCCGCCUGUUUGUAAAUAAUACGCGCAGCACACCUGAGUAUGAAAAAUAAAAGGAGUGAAUGCAAGAGAAUGUCGGAGGACAAACAAUUCAGGGACCAUGGUAAAAAAUUGGCUAUCUGAGACACAAAAAUAUAAAUACGCUAGAGGCCUUUCCGUCUAUUCGAAAAAAUCGUGCACUUCUUUGUUUAACCUUCAUUUAAACUUUAUCGCUUGCGAUGCAGGAGAGUCGUAUGAAAGCGUUCUGUGAUAAUAUUUCCCCUUCUUCAAACGCUUUCUUGCUAGCUUAAUUUUUAACAGAGAUUUUGACAGUUUCUUGUUUGAUUAAAUAAAAGUAUAAGCGGAAAAUUGAACAGUUAAAUCAGGUACGUAGAAAAAGUUAGUAUGUACAUGUGUAGAUCUGAUAGCAAGUGUCGGCAAGUCAAAAUUACGCCGGUCAGGUUUUGAGUCGCUGAUCAAGUUAAAAUCGUUUGCUAAAGAAAUCAUGCAUUACGUGAGAGAUGGCACAGGAAAAAUUAAGUUGUUCGUCACCGUUCACGAGUGAUUUAGUCUCCCACACAAGUUCACAAGCUAAGAAAAACUACAGGGUGAUACAAGGAGACGGCAGGCUCUUUAAAUUGACCGGAAAAUUAGGUUUCU